GAUUAAAAUCGUCAUCGAUGAUUUUCGACAACGAACAAACGUGGUGUUGGUUUUUAUUUUGUGUUUCAUAAAUCUUGACAAGUAAACUGUAACUGCUUAAACUCAAAAUUAAGAAAAAGGCGUCCAACACGUAUUAUGGUGGUAUCCAAAAGAUGCAAGAUAUGUACGAUCAUCGAGCCGGAAAACAUGCCGAUUACCGGAGAAUAUUUUGGAAGGGUUAUUCCAGAAGUUAUUGAGAAUAUCAUUGGAAUUGAGCUAGAUCGCCGAAAAAUUGUCGAUGUUCUUAUCUGCCAGCAAUGUACAAUUCAAAUGGUGCACACGGAGUCUGUCGUCAAAAGGUUGCGUAAAUCCAUGUUGAGGUUGGCCAAAUCGUCCCCCAAAAUAACCACAAAACCCCACUCAAAAGCAUCCAUGAAGAAGCCUAGCAGUACAAGCAAAGCGAAAACACACCUUGGGACAUCGAUUUCAGACACCCAAUUGACAUCAAAUGGAAAAUCUGUUGCAUUUAAAAAGAUAUUCGACGAAACUGUACAAUUAGAAGAUAUCACUGCCGCUCAAAACAAGAAAAAUGUAAAACGAAAGUUAGAUGACUCCGAAUUCAUUGAUGCAAUGAUCAUAACGAAUGAACAAAAGUCCAAACGUAAACAAACGCCUAUUGUUGAAGAUUGUGUUCCCAAUACAAUAGAAGAGUCUGGUGAUGAAAAUAACCAAACCUUGGAACAGUCUAUUGCACAAAGUCUUUUACCUGAUUUGAAUUUCUCUACAACCAGCCAAAAUGAUAGACCAAAAAAAACAAAAGAACUCAAUUGUGUUCUUUGUGGAAAGAAAUUUGGCGAAAAAAGUACUUUGCGAGAACACAUAGAGACAAAACAUAUGGGAGAAAAACUAAAAGAAUGCCCUAACUGUUCAAUGCAAUUUCGAUCGUUACAGAAGUACGAUUCGCAUGUAUUUGGUGAAAAGUGUAAAGGCACAUUGCAUCCUUGUCAGUUUGAAAACUGCCAUCGACGAUUUAAAAAUGUUUUUAAAAUGGAGGCUCACAUGAGAGAAAAACAUUUGGCUGUAAAUGAGAAGGAAUAUGUAUAGGAUGUAUUUUUGGAAAAUGGAAUUGUUUUCCAUUUGAAUGGAAUUGUUUUCUGGCUGGCCAUUGCGAAUGAAAGAUACUUUAGUACAAUAUCGAAAAAAUUUAUCAAUAUGCUAAUGGUAGUCGUAGGCAAACAAUCAAUAAAUUUUAUUUUGGCCUUUUAACGACUUUGUGGGGUGCGUGUUGUAAUUUCUAACAUGUAUAGUUACGUAAAAAUUAUGUACGUUAAUAUACAUUAAAUUUUUUAACAACGAGAGCUUCGUGGAUUUUAUUCUAAAUUAGUAAAUACAAGAUAAGAAGUUUUGUUAGUGUUGUUUUUAUCAAAAAAAAGAAAAUAAUUGGAAAACGAAACACAUUUAAAAACACUUUAAUUUCAAUAAAAUAAAUAUAAAAACCAGUAAGGAAAGAAAAUUUGGGCGAAGCCGACUAUAUAAUACCCUACACCACUAAUUCUAUGCAGUUAAUGGACGAUAUAUGUAUAUGAAACAUGAAUAAAUUUGGUCAGAUUUUAA